AUGACAGAAUUGAUCAUGCCAAUCAACAAAACUAUAGAAAAAGUUUAAUCUAACUUAGUCCUAUUAGAAGAUGAACUUGAGAAAUCUAAACAAAAUAUUUCAGUUUCUCUUUUUGAAGAAGAAAUUAAAGUUUUAUUUUAGAAUUACAAAGAACCAUGUAGUUUUGAAGUUCCUAAGGAAUUAUUAAAAUCUAUAAAUUACAAUACCUACAUAGAAUCUAUAUAAUAAUAGUUAUAAUCAAUAAUUAAAUGUCCUAUUUUUACUUAAAUCUUUGAAGCCUUAUUAAAGAUAAAAGUUGAGGAAGACCAUUAAGAAAUUAAGUAAUUCCAAUGGAUCUGUAAUGAGGAAAGCCAAUACGUAAUUUCUAACUUAUAUAUUAAAUAGAAAAAACUAGGUUAGAAUAUUUAUUGUAAUAAACAUGGAAAGGAAAUUAUUAUGUUAAACUUAAAUCCUGAGAAAACAGAUUUUUCAAGACUUGUUUGUGUGGAGUGUAUAUAAUCAAAUGAUCCAAUUAAAUAUACAACAUUAAGUGAUGCUAAUAUUAAAUGGAAUGAAUAUCUAGGAUAGAAAAGUGAAAAGGUUUACCAAUUUGAGCUUGAAAGAUAUUAAAAUUCAACAUAGAUCCUUCAGAUUCUUGGAGAAAUUAAAAAAAUACACCACUCUACAAUUUCGAACAUUAUUGAUUAGAUUAACAUUAAACACUCAAAGAUUUAAAAAAUUGAGUCUAAUUAGAUUAAUAAAAAUAGUAUUUACAAUAUGAGUAUUGAAUAACUUAAUGAAUUAGCUGAAAUAUUAAGCUAUAAAGAUAAAUUUUAAAAAUAAACUGAAAAGCUAUAUAACAUUUAGAAAAAAGACUUUAAUUAACUUGAAAUCAUAUCAACUAGUUUAGGAAAAUUAUUAAGAAAAAGGUUAAAGGCAACUAAUAAGAUUAAUAAAAUUUACAAGGAAUAAAUUAUAAAUAUUAUUGAAGAUAAAGAUUCAAAAAAUGAAAUUUUACAAGAAGAAGAAAAUGAAAUUUCUAAUUUGCAAUCAAUUAAGUAACUCAAUUUAUAACUAAAAAAUUUAAAAAUAUUUUAGGAUAUCUUAUAGGAAGCAUAAAUUUAGUAUGAAUCAGUAAUUAAAACAAUAAAUACUUUAUCAACUUAAUUUAAAAAUUAACAAUUGUAGAAAGUAAAUAUAUAUAAACAAUAAUUAGUUUAAUGAAAAUGUAAUUUAGUUUGAAAAAGAUUUUUCAAUAACAAAAAAACUAACAUAUUUUGAUAAUAAAGAGGCUGAACUUAACCUAUUGAAAAAAGAUAAUUAAUCACUAUAAAAUAAACUCACAGAAAAUUAAAUAUAGAACUAAUAAUAAAGCAAUAAUUAAAUUUUUAUUUGAAAGAUAGAUAAAUUGAAGUUAAACUUAAAGAAAAACAAGAAUAGUUAGAAAGAUUCUAACAGUCAAAUCAAAAGAAUGAAGAAAUAGUCAAAUAAUUACAAUUAACUUUGGUAAAAGUAAAAUCUAAAAUUUAAGUUGAACUUGUAAUUCUCUUAAUAAUUGACAUUCUCAACAACUUAUAAGCAUAGCAAUUGUUCUGUAACUUAGAAUGGAAAGGUUAUUGAGAAUAAUGAGGAUUCUUGGAAUUGUUGUAUGUGUGAUUAAAUGAUUCCUAAGAAUGGAGUCAUUUUAUUUGCUGUUAAAAUUAUUGAAAUGUCUUAUAUUAUGAUUGGAAUUGAUUUUAGGGAUAUCGUGUAGAUUAAGGGAUAUAGGAAUUGUUAUUGUAUUGGAGGAGGGUAUGUGUUAUGAUAUUAAUAGUUCAUAAAUAGAACAUAUAAUAUAUAUAAUAAUGGUCAUUGUUAUAAUCAUGAUUAAUUAGAUAAAAAUGAUAAAUAAAUAGCAUUUACAUUUUCAACAAAUGAUAUUAUAAUAGUUGAAGUUGAUAUCUAAAAGAAAUAUGUGAAAUGGACAAAAUAAUCUACAAAUCAAUCAUUUGUAUCAAGAUCAAAUUAUAAUUAUUAGACUCUGACUAUUGAUACAUCCAAAGAUUUAUAUCCAUGUGUACAUUUAAAAGGCAAAUGUAAAAUAGAGAUAUUAAAUUAACUAUUUAAAUGA